GUUUGUGUCCUUAGGGUUUAGGGUUCUCUGCUCAUUCGUUCGCCACCUCGCCCCAAGACGUCUCGCUAGGGUUUCGCCACAGCCGCCGCCAUGCCUCGCCGCAAGCUUAGGAAGGUCCGCGGCUCACGCCCGGCUCCACAUGCUGCUCCAGUGAGGAACCCACCACAGCCUGGUAAAGUGAUUCACGCAGACAAUAAGUAUCUUUAGAACUGACAUUGGCAUGGUAAUCAUGCCUCUUUUGACUCUGCAGUAUUCUAUUGUGGACAUGUGUUUCAAUUAUGUAACUUUAGUUAUAUUUUUGUAUAACUGUUUGCUCAGUUGUUGAGAAUGUGUUCGGUUUGUUACUAUAACAAUGUUGAUGACAUAAAUAUACUGUUAAGUUUAUAUUGGAAUUUGUGGUACAAGUCUGAAGUUGUUGAUUGUGUUUGAAGCAGAGUCAAUGGCAUUUCGGUUUAUAUAGAGAAUUACAGUUCCUUGUUUUUUGGUAGAACUGGAACCUGUUUCAGUUCUGUUCCUAAUGCUUACACAUGGGUUUGUGCUACAAGUAUAGUAUUAGUAUUACAGAGCUCAUUGUUUUGGAAUCUUGAUUGCUUUGGAAUCAGAAUCGUUUAUGUUUAGCUCAUAUUAGUAUUAGUAUUACAGCUCAUUGUGUUUAUAUAGGAGUUUUAAUCUGUUCUAUUUCUGUUCCUAAGUGUCUUCUGACUUUUCUUUUUGGCAGCGCGCUAGGCUCGUCCUCCAGCUCCUGUUCGUGAUGGUGGUGGUGGCUCCAUUCUUGGAGGAAUUGGGUCCACCAUUGCUUAAGGUAUGCCAUUUGGUACGAGUAGUGCCAUGGCACACAGGGCUGUUGAUGCUGUAAUGGGUCUCCGGACUGUUCGGCAUGAGAUUGUUAUCUCAGAAGCUGCUGCUGCUGCCCCUCCUGCUCCAGUGAUGAACGCUAAUGCUUGCAGCAUCCAUUCUAAGGCUUUCCAAGAUUGUCUUAACAACUAUGGCAGUGAGAUCAGCAAGUGCCAGUUCUACCUUGACAUGUUGAACGAGUGCCGCCGUGGUGUUGUCUGCCUGAGCUUUUGCUCCAAUUGGGAUUAUUCAUGGAUUCUCUUUUCACUCCCAUGUAUCUCAUUAAUAAGACACCGUGAAACUUUUAACCCUCUCCACGAAUGCACCAUGGCAUCACGGGUUCAUCUUGUUGAAUCUGUGGUUACGUUCUCUUUAUCCUGUGUUGUUGGAACAGACUUCUGUCUCUUCUGGUGAUCAUAAAUAUUUAAAUGAACCAGUUGUGUUG